AAAUCAGAACGACUCUCCGCACCAUUAGGUACUAGCUAGAGAAACCAGAAAAGUAUGAUCGGAAGCGAUGCCAUGACGCUUCCUCAAGGCAACCUUUGCUACACAGCAGAAUACCAAGUACAAUCUGAAUGUUGGGCGGACGAUUUCGUUAAGUCUGAAGUAGAGGUACGCUCCGAAAUUGUCGAUCCGACCGUCCGAAUAUGUACUCUCUGUGGAAGUUUGAGGAACGCAUGGCAAUACUGUUUCACCAGCACGGGACAACUUACCAUGGACCAAGAAAGGCUAUCAAUCCUUCGGUUGGUAUACUCGGUCGUCAUUACGUUCGAGGCAACCCCCGAUGCCGUGUUUUGCGAUUUUUGUUGCCAUAAACUGGACGAGAUGAUUGCCUUACACUCUAUCUGGCCACCAAAUUCCACGGCGAUCGAACAACAGCCCAUAACACCAGCGGCGAUAAACAAUGUAGAAACGAUGGUUAGCAUUCCGGCAGAUGCGAUAAAGCAAGAACCAUCAGUGAAUAAUGUAGCAACAGAAGCGAGCCAACCAGUCUGCUCCUACAACUGGCCCAGGGUCCUGCUUCAAAAGAGUACAAUUGGUAUGCAAAAAGAUGCAAUUGUCGAGCAAGAGGCGAACGAUAGAAAGGAGGCAAAUAAUAUUGCAGACAGCCCCGUGAUUGAAGAGCCUCCCUCUUGCCUUGAUGGCCAGCAAGUUCCAGCUGAUGGUAUGUCUUCAAUCGAUGUAGCAUCAAACGAUGGUGUUCCAACCAUCGAUCUCACGUGUUGUGAGGUGACCUCUAGAGAUGGUAAUUCGGAAGUAGACGAAGAAAAAGAUAGACUCAUUCGGAAAGUGAUUCGCUUAAUUAAAAAACAAUUGAAAGCAAAACGAUUCGAAGAGCCGAAAAAACGUAGAAGUAAGAGGCUACGUAAUGCGACUAAAUGCAAAACAAAGGUUAAGACGAUGGCAACGUAAAGAAAAAAGUGCCAAAUUGAAUUUGAACAGUCAGAGGAUUCAUUUGUUACGAAGUUGGACUCUCAUUUGCUGUUGAAAGCUGAGCAGCUUUUUCAAAAUAGAAACCAACCAUAUAAAAGCAUAAAACAUAGGU